AUGAAGGACUUGGGGGAGGCUAAGUACUAUUUGGGGGUGCAGAUUGAGCGUGAUGAGAGUGGCAUCUUGAUUCAUCAGGAGAGGUACAUUCUCAACAUGCUUGAGUCCUUUGGGCUUUCUGAGGCUAACCCCGUGCGUACCCCUCUCCCUACAGGGUUCGACGUGCAUGCACACGCUGAGGAGCCCUUGCUGAGAGAUGAGCUGGUUCGGCUCUAUCAAAGCAUUGUGGGGUCUCUCAUGUAUGCAAGCACGACCACACAGCCCCAGAUUGCUUAUGCAGUGUCACAGCUGUCCAAGGUAGUGUCUUGUCCCAAGGCAUUUCAUCUGCAGGCUGCUAAGAGAGUGCUAAGGGAAACGAAAGGGGGGAAAUGGGGAAUAGAAGUUGAGGGGAGAUGGGAUAGAGAGGAGAGAGAGAGAGAGAGAGAGAGAGAGAGAGAGAGAGAGAGAGAGAGAGAGAGAGAGAGAGAGAGAGAGAGAGAGAGAGAGAGAGAGAGAGAGAGAGGGAGAGAGAGAGAGAGAGAGAGAGAGAGAGGGAGAGAGAGAGAGAGAGAGAGAGGAGAGAGAGAGAGAGAGAGAGAGAGGGAGAGAGAGAGAGCGAGAGAGCGAGAGAGAGAGAGAGAGAGAGAGAGAGAGAGAGAGAGAGAGAGAGAGAGAGAGAGAGAGAGAGAGAGAGAGAGAGAGAGAGAGAGAGAGUUCAUAACUACGGUUAAAAAAAACUUCAUGUAUUAUUCAAAAAAUGACGGUUACGAGAAUAUGGCGGUUAGGAGAAUAUGA